CCACUCCGGAGCUGCCGGUGGCAUAUCGGGCUGCAUUCCUAGAAUUCUUCCGCCCGGGCGCCACAAUGAACAACUUCAGGUUCACCGAGCUGAGUGGAUUCCACUCGCGGUGUCCUCGGACUCCGAUGCCCACCCAGCCUCAAAAUAGAUCGCUGAGUACCCGCAAGCGCCCCUUUGAGGAGUAGAACGCAGAGAGUGUCAAAAAAAACCCUCAAGUCUGGAGAAGAAUGACCUUUCGAGGUAUAUGAAGUCUAUGGCCUGCCACAUGUUUUGGUCUCACUAACCUCUGCUGACUGAGAUGCAUGGCCCUGGGCCUGCAGGCAGUCCACUGAUCAUCAAACCUCUCAGCAUGCAUCAACUCUUCAGACUGGUCUUGGGACAAAAAGACCUUUCGCGAGCCGGAGACCUCUUCUCCUUAGAGGACUCUGAGAUUGAAGACAGCCUGACAGAAGCUUUGGAGCAAAUCAAAAUCAUUAGCUCAUCUUUAGAUUACCAAACCAAUAACAAUGACCAAGCAGUGGUUGAAAUCUGUAUCACACGAAUUACAACAGCCAUCAGAGAGACAGAGUCGAUUGAAAAGCAUGCAAAGGCCCUUGUGGGGCUCUGGGACUCCUGCUUGGAACACAACCUGAGGCCCUCUGGGAAAGAUGAAGACACUCCCCAUGCAAAAAUCGCAUCUGAUAUCAUGAGUUGCAUUUUACAGAAUUACAACCGACCCCCUGUGAUGGCAUUAGCCAUCCCCAUAGCAGUGAAAUUCCUCCACAGAGGCAACAAGGAACUGUGCCGGAAUAUGUCCAACUACCUGUCCCUGGCUGCAAUUACCAAGGCGGACCUCCUGGCUGAUCACACAGAGGUUAUAGUAAAGAGCAUACUCCAAGGUAAUGCCAUGUUGUUGAGGGUUUUACCUGCUGUGUAUGAAAAGCAGCCUCAACCAAUUAACAGACACCUCACAGAACUCCUAGGCUUGAUGUCUCAACUGGAACAACCAGAACAGUACCAUCUUCUACGGCUUUUGCAUGUAGCUGCAAAGAGGAAGCAACUGGAGGUGGUUCAGAAGUGUAUUCCUUUCCUAAUUGGGCAAUUGAAGGAUUCCACCCAUAACGACAUCAUCCUAAGCAUUCUCAUAGAGAUUGCAGGCUACAAGCCAAUGGCUUUGAACAGUUUUCUUCCAAUGCUGAAAGAGAUUGCUGAGAGAUCCCCCUACCUCAUUGGACAAAUGGCGAGAAUCUACGGGGCUGUUGGACACGUGGAUGAAGAGAGAGCCAGGAGCUGCCUGCCAUUCCUGGUGAGUCAGCUGGCCAGCAUGGAGCACUCAUUUCAUCAUAUUCUCCUGCUGGAGAUCAAGAGCAUCACGGACACCUUCUCCUCCAUCCUGGGCCCACAGAGCAGAGACAUCUUCCGCAUGAGCAACAGCUUCACUGCCAUUUCCAAGCUCCUUACCCGACAACUGGAAAUCACCAAGGCCAGAAAUGACAGGAGAAAACCCAGCACUGAAAUUGAAUUUCUUGAGAAGCUGGAAGAAACCAAGCUCACUGUAGAUGAAAAUGAGGACCAUGAAGAGCUCCAAGUUAAAAUACAAGCUUUUGAAGACAAAAUAAAUGCUGAGGGCAACACCCCUGGCUCUCUCAGAAGAUAUAGUUUGGAUCAAGUUUCUAAGGAAGAAAGAAAAGGCAUUAGAUUUAAUAGGUCAAAGAGUUUGGCUUUGCACACUGUGCUAACAAACUCCUUGAGUGCAGAGGAUGGGGAAGCUAUAGAGAGCAAAGAUACGCCAGCCAGCAUCUCUCUUUCAGAAAUAGAUCCACUUGGCCAAGGACAUGAGAGGUCACCCUUUAAGGUAGACACUGAUGGAUCACAGCUAGCAAAUUCUUCAGUUUCACACCAAAGUAUUAUACAUGUAGCAUCUGAGAAUUUGCCAGAAGCCAUUAAAAAGAACUAUCAGGAAGAAACUCCAGAGACAACCACGAGUCCUGUAGAAUACCGUGAUAAACUCUACUUGCACUUAAAGGAGAACUUCAGUAAAGUGAAAGCAUAUGCUGUAGAAAUGGUAAAGAAGAUUCCAGUCCCUGACCAGUGUACCAUUGAAGAUUCUGUUAGAAGUUGUGUAGCAAAGCUGUUCUUCACUUGUUCCCUGAAGGGUCAUUACUGCCUCUACAGUAAAUCCAGUUUUAUUCUCAUCAGUCAAGAACCUCAGCCAUGGAUCCAAAUCAUGUUCCUGUUUCAGCAGAGCCUGUUUCCUGAGCCGCUGUCCAUUCAGAGUCAUUCUGUACAAUUCCUCAGAGCUCUAUGGGAGAAGACUCAGGCAGGGGGUGCUCACAGCUUUGAAACAGCCAUGAUAGAGUCCACAUUCCCACAGCAGAAGGAUCUGGACCAGGUUCAGCUCCAUCUGGAAGAAGUGAGGUUCUUCGACGUGUUUGGCUUCAGUGAAGCAGCAGGAGCGUGGCAGUGCUUCAUGUGCAACAACCCUGAGAGAGCAACCGUUAUAAAUCAAGAUGGCCAGCCCCUCAUAGAAGGAAAACUUAAAGAGAAGCAAGUCAGAUGGAAGUUCAUCAAAAGGUGGAAAACCCGUUAUUUUACACUGGCUGGAAAUCAACUUCUGUUUCAAAAAGGAAAAUCUAAAGAUGAUCCUGACGACUCCCCAAUAGAACUCAGCAAAGUACAGAGUGUGAAAGUUGUGGCCAAGAAACGCAGGGAUCGCUCUCUCCCCCGGGCUUUCGAAAUUUUCACAGACAAUAAAACCUAUGUUUUCAAGGCCAAGAAUGAGAAGAAUGCAGAAGAGUGGCUCCAGUGCAUCAAUGUGGCAGUUGCCCAAGCAAAAGAGAGGGAAAGUAGAGAAGUAACCACGUAUCUCUAGGGAUUUGCAAGCCAAUCUCAUACCAGUUGUAUACAACGGGCAUGGCACUAUCAUUGCCAAUGUCAAGAAAAGGAAAUAAAUUCACCAAGUCAUGCUGUCUUUUACUAAACACCAAUGGAAAAGUUUUCUCCGGGAAGCAAGACUAAAAGUGGCAGGAUCCUGGUACAUUUCAGAUCCAUAUGGCAUUGGCAUUAACUCCAGAUCCAUAUGGCAUUGGCAUUAACUCCAGCUUUGUGAGGCAUAUAAGAAAAGGAGUUAUGGAUGAUAUGGAGCCAGAAAGGGGAGAGAAGGGAUCUAGAAACUUCUGUACCUAUGGCAUUGUACAUUAUAAGAAAACAACUUUAAAAGAUACCUGAACUGCCUGUCCUAAGGAAAUAUUAGGCAAUUCUGAUGAUAAGUAGUCAAUAGUAUUAAAAGGAAAAAACCUACAAGGAAAAGUCAAAUUGAAGAACACUGAAGAAACCAUACAACUUACUUACAGACAUAUAAUUACAUUUAUCCUAUCCUAAUGCAAAGGAGGCUACACUUGGUAAAAUGGUUCUCAAAUUAAGCCAAUUAUGUAAUUAAAUAUCUGUCUUUGAUAACUCCUUAUCUGAUUAUUCCUUUUAGGUUCAUAUAAUAUGAUCUAAAGUUUAGUUACUUGGCUAUAUCUCCUGCCAAGGCAGUAAGUGUAAGCUAGGAUUAAACACAGAAGACCAUUUUCCCCAUCUUCAAAACUUAUGCCAUUUCUGUUAAAAUUUGAGAUUUUAAAGUUCUAUACUUUCUUUCUUUUCAUUCAAUAUUUUAAUACCUCAAAAUUAUAAACAUGUAUGUGUUUUUGCCAUUACCCAUAAUUUAAAAAAUUAAAUCAUGGUAGGCAGAAUUCUAGAAUGCCUUUCAUGACCCAAACCCGGGUAAAAUCUCUUCCCCUGAGUGUGGUGGGACCUACAGCUUCUAACUAAUAGAAUAUGGCAAACAGGACAGGAUAGUCUCUCCCAUGAUUAUGUUACAUUACAUGGCAAAGGAGGGAAAUGUUUCAGAUGUAAUGAAGGUCCUUAAUCAGCUGACUGAGUUAACUGAGAGGAUGUGGUCUUGGGUAGGCCUGGCCUAAUCAGAUGAGCCCUUUGAAAUGGUGAACAAGUCAGAGACUCUCUCUCUCCCGCUGAUCUUGAAUAAGCUGCCAUGAGUUCUACAGCUUCAUGGACAUGAAUUUUGCCACAAGCAGUGUAAGCAGCUUGGAAAAGGAUCCUGAGCCUCAGAUAAGAGCCCAUUCUCCACCAACACCUUGAUUGCAAUUAUGCGAAACCUUAAGCAGAAAACCCAGCUAUACCAUGCUUGGACUCCUGAUCCAUGGAAGCUUUUUGAUAAUAAAUAUGUGUUGUUUUAAACUA